GCCACCAAGACCAAGCCUGCAGAAGAGAGCGAUGCUCCCCCGGCCAAGAGAGCCCCCAUCUUCUAUGGGAGCCUGGAAGAGAAGGAGAGGGAGCGUCUGGCAAAGGGGGAGUCAGGGCUGCUGGGGAAAGAGGGGAUGAAAGCGGCGAUGGAGGCUGGCAACAUCAACAUUAGCAGUGGUGAGGUCUUUGACCUUGAAGACCACAUGAGUGAGCGUCAGGCUGAGGUGCUGGCGGAGUUUGAGCGCAGGAAGCGAGCCCGGCAGAUCAACGUGUCCACCGAUGACUCUGAAGUCAAAGCCUGUUUGCGGGCGCUUGGGGAGCCCAUCACUCUCUUUGGAGAAGGUCCUGCAGAAAGGAGGGAGAGGUUAAGGAAUAUCCUUUCCGUGGUUGGCACAGACGCAUUAAAAAAGACCAGGAAAGAUGAUGACAGGUCUAAAAAGUCCAGAGAAGAGUAUCAGCAAACCUGGUACCACGAAGGACCACGCAGCCUGAAAACAGCGCGGCUCUGGCUUGCGAACUACUCACUCCCCAGGGCAGCGAAGCGGUUGGAAGAAGCCCGACUGCUCAAAGAGAUCCCAGAGGCCACCAGGACGUCGCAGAGGCAGGAGCUACACAAAUCCCUGCGGUCCCUGAAUAACUUCUGCAGCCAGAUUGGAGACGAUCGCCCGCUGUCCUACUGCCACUUCAGCCCCAAUUCCAAACUCCUCGCUACUGCCUGCUGGAGUGGGUUGUGCAAGCUCUGGUCCGUGCCUGACUGCAACCUUGUCCACACUUUACGAGGACACAGCACCAAUGUAGGAGCAAUAGUUUUCCAUCCCAAAGCCACUGUCUCCCUGGACAAGAAGGAUGUUAACCUGGCCUCAUGUGCAGCUGAUGGUUCUGUCAAACUCUGGAGCCUUGAAAGUGAUGAACCGGUGGCAGAUAUUGAAGGACACAGCAUGAGAGUGGCACGUGUGAUGUGGCACCCAUCUGGGCGGUUCCUGGGUACCACCUGCUACGAUCACUCGUGGCGCUUGUGGGACCUGGAAGCUCAGGAGGAGAUUCUCCAUCAGGAGGGGCACAGCAAAGGGGUCUAUGACAUUGCCUUUCACACGGACGGGUCUCUCGCGGGCACUGGAGGACUGGAUGCUUUUGGACGGGUGUGGGACUUGCGCACGGGACGCUGCAUCAUGUUCCUGGAAGGCCACUUGAAGGAGAUCUAUGGGAUUAACUUCUCCCCUAAUGGAUACCACGUUGCAACUGGCAGCGGUGACAACACGUGCAAGGUGUGGGACCUGCGCCAGAGGAAGUGCAUCUACACCAUUCCUGCCCACCAGAACCUGGUGACCGGGGUGAAGUUUGAGCCCAACCAUGGAAACUUCCUGCUCACGGGUGCCUACGACAACACGGCCAAGAUCUGGACUCACCCCGGCUGGUCCCCACUGAAAACACUGGCUGGUCAUGAGGGAAAGGUGAUGGGACUGGACAUCUCCCUCGAUGGCCAGCUGAUAGCAACCUGCUCCUAUGACAGAACCUUCAAGCUGUGGACAGCAGAGUAG